AAGAAGCGGGGAAAUAUAGAGAAUAAUAGUGGAAAUAAAGGAUAGAAUUGUAGGAUUAUGAAAUGGGCGAAGAAAAUCUAUCAUCAGUUUCGAAUCCUCGUUGGAACGAACAGAUGCAAGAUUAUCGACGGAGGAAUCGGGGAUCGCCACAUUAUAAUAAUUGUUCUCGUUCAUGGACUCCUAGACGUUCUUAUUCGCCACGAAACCAUUCUCCAUCAUACCAUAGACAUUCACGACGACGACGCUCACGUAGUCCAUUAAUAACACAAGGACAUCGACGACAUUACGAUGGUAGACAAGCAGUUCGAAAUGCUAUGGUGAAUCAUAUCCGUGAGGCAUCUCAACAAGAUCGCCGUGUUUACAUUGGAAAUUUAUCAUAUGAUGUUAAAUGGCAUCAUCUUAAAGAUUUUAUGAAGCAAGCGGGAGAAGUUAUUUUUGCAGACGUUUUGAUGCUUCCUAAUGGUAUGUCUAAGGGCUGUGGAGUAGCUGAAUAUGCAACACGCGACCAAGCACAAAAUGCAAUUAGUACUCUCAGCAAUCAAACAUUGAUGGGAAGGAUGGUUUAUGUCCGUGAAGAUCGUGAGCAAGUACCUCAAUUUGGAGAGCCAUCACAAAGUGGAUUUCGUUCAUAUAAUAAUUUUCAUGGGGAUAAUCGAAGCGCUUCAUACAAUUCAUUAAAUAACCGACAACUUUUUAUUCAAAAUCUUCCCUAUAGCGUUGGAUGGCAAGACAUUAAAGAUCUUUUCCGCUCAGUAGGAAACGUGGUUCGCGCAGAUAUCCAUUUAACACCAGAUGGUCGUCCUAAAGGUACCGGAAUUGUUUUAUUUGAAACAGCAGAAGAGGCACGUAAUGCACAAACGACCUUCAAUCGAUAUGACUGGCAAGGUCGUACUAUUGAAGUUCGAGAAGAUAGGUUUGCCAGUUCUCCAAACUUUGCGAAUCGAGGAUUUCGUGGGGGAUACGGAGGAGGAUUUCGUACAGGCCAUGGGAAUUUUAAUAAAAAUGGUUAUGGAAAUUCUAUUCCUCCUAAUGACUUCACUGACGGAGCAACGGCAAACGGAGACCCUAGCGAAACCAUCUUUGUUAAAAAUCUGCCUUGGUCAACUAGCAAUGAUGAUUUGGUCGAACUUUUUAUAACAAUUGGGAAAGUUGACCGAGCAGAAAUCCAAUAUGAGCCUUCUGGCCGAUCCAAAGGUACCGGUAUUGUUCGUUUCGAUACACUUUCUACGGCACAAACAGCUAUCUCAAAAUUCCAAGGAUAUGAAUAUGGUGGAAGACCUCUCGGCUUAUCUUAUGUCAAAUAUAUUUCUGGUCCAAAUUGUGAAAAGUCUACCAGCGGUAAUGAUACAAUUCCUACGAAUACAACCACAUAAUACUUUAAAAAUUCACUUCUAUUUUUUCCUACUAUUGGAUAUCUUU